CGGUUCUCAAGGACAUCGGAAACCAUUUAGCUACUUAGCAAAGCUCGAACGCCGGAGAAUACGUCGCAGGUGCCACGAGGAGUUCGCAGCCUGUGGUGCCAUUUCCCAAGAAUCCCUUUUUGAACCUGCCGCUUAAUGGCGGUCACGUGGCAGGAUCACGUGAUCGUGACAUCACCAAGGUCCUUUCUGAGGAUAUGAACUAGCCACUACCUUUUAGGAAAGACUAGGGGAACCUGCAAGGAACCUGCAAGGAACCUGCUGUUAUUUUUUCUGGCGGUGCCAUGGCACAGCAUGGAAGAAGAUAUGUUCGAGCAUUCAUCAGUGGCUUUUUUGUGGCUGUUCCAGUCACUGUGACUUUUCUUGACCGAGUAGCAUGCAUAGCAAGAGUGGAAGGUGUAUCAAUGCAGCCAUCUUUGAAUCCAGAUGCAAGAGGUGAAUCAGAUAUAGUACUCUUAAACCGAUGGCGCGCUCGAAAUUAUGACGUUCAACGUGGGGAUAUUGUGUCUUUAGUGUCUCCAAAGAACCCAGAACAGAAGAUCAUUAAACGAGUGAUUGCUCUUGAAGGAGACAUUGUAAAGACACUGGGGCACAAAAACAGAUAUGUGAAAGUUCCUCGUGGUCAUGUGUGGGUGGAAGGUGACCAUCAUGGACAUAGCUUUGACAGUAACGCCUUUGGACCAGUUUCACUUGGACUGCUUCAUUCACAUGCCACUCAUAUCCUGUGGCCUCCAAACAGGUGGCAGAAACUAAAGCCUUUUCUUCCUGUGGAACGUGAAUCAGUACAGAAUGACUGACACAGAAAUAAAAGAUAAACAUGUUUUUGUUUGUUUUUUAUUUAAAUAAUUGUAAGGUAAAAAAUGAAAUAAAGAACAUUGCUUAA